UUCUCGACGACCUCGUCAUCCAAAAAGACCUCUAACGUCGACCAAAGAGCGAAAGCCGGGAUGAUUGCCACCGUCCUCCCGAUACUGUCCCAACAGUCAUCUGAGCACACGUUCCGCUCCAUUUGCAUUCUCAUUCUCAGCCCCGUUAUGGCCUACCUCCUCACCAACGAGUACAUUCGCUGGGCAGCCCGCAUCAAAGGGUUCCCAGGUCCCAUCAACUGGCCAUUCGUCGGCAACAUCCCUUCCAUUAAAUACAAUGCCGCGGAAAAGUACCGCCAGUGGAGCAAGACGUACGGUGAAGUCUACCAGAUUCAGCUGGGCAACGUCCCUGUGCUCGUUGUGAACAGCGCGGAGAGCGCAAAAGAGAUCUUCGGGCGGAAUAGCCAGGCAUUGAGUUCGCGGCCGGUCUUCUGGACCUUUCACAAAGUCCUUUCGAACACGGCGGGAACAACAAUCGGAACAUCACCAUUCGGGGAGUCGUUGAAACGGAGGAGGAAAGGCGUAGCUUCCGCCGUCAACAGACCUUCCAUCGCAACGUACAUUCCACAUUUGGACGUGGAGACCAAGGACUUCAUCAAGGAAGGGUUUAUCAAUGGCGAAGCGGGAACGGUGGGCGUGAAUCCAAUGCCCAUGAUCCAGAGGCUGUCCUUAUCCUUGGCAUUGACUUUGAAUUGGGGAACUAGAAUGGUUAGCCGCGAUGAUCCCUUGUUCCACGAGAUCACAGAGGUGGAAGAGGCGAUUUCAAAGUUCCGCAGCACAACAGGAAACUUGCAGGACUACAUCCCACUUCUACGACUGAAUCCGUUCAGCAAGGGGAGUCGGAGUGCAAGGGAGAUGCGUGCAAGGAGGGACGUGUAUCUGGCGAGGCUGAAUCGGGACCUAGACGAGCGAAUGGAAAAAGGAACGCACAAGCCAUGUAUACAGGCUAAUGUGAUGGUGGAUGAGGAAGCGGCAUUGAACAAAGAGGAACUCAGGUCCAUCUCGCUGACCAUGCUCUCCGGGGGAUUGGACACGAUUACAACAUUGGUCCAGUGGAGCGUGGCAUUGUUGGCGCAAAGGGAGGACGUACAGGAGAAGGCGGUGCAGGAGAUUAGGAAGUACUACGGGGCGGACGAACCGCUUUGCGAUGCGUACGACGACCAGAGGUGUCAAUACGUUGCUGCAUUGGUCAAAGAGUGCCUGAGAUAUUACUGCGUGCUGAGGCUGGCGCUUCCAAGAGCAACAGUUCGGGAAGUGUGGUACAAGGGGAAGUUGAUUCCAACUGGAAGCACAGUGUACUUGAACGCAUGGGCGUGCAACAUGGAUGAAAAAGUGUGGCAGGACCCCAUGAUAUUCCGGCCUGAACGAUGGCUCGAGCAACCUGACGCGCCACUCUUUACGUACGGGCUGGGUUACCGCAUGUGUGCUGGGUCGCUGCUGGCCAACCGGGAAUUGUACCUCACGUACAUGCGCAUGUUGAAUAGCUUUGCCAUUGUUCCGGACUCACAGGUUGAGACGGAUCCGAUCAGAGGGAGCAGCGACCCAACGAGCCUGGUGACCAUGUGCAGGGACUACAAGGUGGUGUUCAAGCCGAGAAACGAGGAAGCUUUGAGGCGGGCGUUGGAAGAGGCGGACAGAAAAGAAGGGGAGAGGAGGAGUGUACACGACUAA